GGCAUUUGCAACAACCACGGGAGGUGCGAGUGCGGCAGAUGCGUCUGUGACAAGGCUUCGCUGUACACCAGCUCCACCUGCGAGAUCAGCUACUCCCUGGGCUUCCAGGCCGUGUGCGAGAGCAUCCGGGACUGCGUUCGCUGCCAGGCCUGGGGAACGGGCAGCACGAAGGGGAACUGCAGCGCGUGCCACCUCCAGAUCCAGAUGGUGGAAGAGCUGAAGAAAGAGGAGGCCAGUGAGUACUGCUCCUUCCAGGAUGAGGAUGAUGACUGCACAUACCACUACACCCUGGAGGGAGACCCCACUGUCCUCCCCAACACCACUGUCAACGUGCAGAAGAAAAGAGAGUGCCCACCGGGGAGCUUCCUCUGGCUCAUCCCGCUGCUCAUCUUCCUCAUCCUGCUCCUGGGGCUGCUGCUGCUGCUCUGCUGGAAGUUCUGCGCCUGCUGCAAGGCUUGCCUGGCCCUGCUUCCCUGCUGUGCACGAGGUCGCACUGUUGGCUUCAAGGAGGACCACUACAUGCUUCGCCACAGCCUCAUGUCCUCCGACCACCUGGACACUCCCAUGAUCCGCAGUGGGUCCCUCAAGGGUCGGGACACAGUUCGCUGGAAGAUCAACAACAAUGUUCACAAGCAGGACUUCACCUCCCUCGCUGCUUCCAACCCCAAAGAUCUCGUUCCCUACGGGCUGUCCCUGCGGCUGACCCGGCUGUUCACGCAGAACCUGGUGAAGCCGGAGACCCGGGAGUGCGAGCAGCUGCGCAAGGAAGUGGAGGAGAACCUGAACGACGUUUUCAAGCACAUCCCUGGCUGCCACAAGCUCCAGCAGACCAAGUUCAGGUUACAGCCCAAUUCUGGGAAAAGGCAGGACCACACAAUUGUGGACACAGUGCUCACUGCCCCUCGCUCAGCCAAGUCAGAGAUCAUCAAAGUGGUGGAAAAGCACGUUUCCCACGAGGCUUUCAAUGACCUGAAGGUUUCACCGGGUUAUUACACGGUGACCUCAGACCAAGAUGCUCACGGGAUGGUGGAGUUCCAAGAGGCUGUGGAGCUGGUCGAUGUCCGUGUCCCACUCUUCAUCAGGGACGAUGAUGAUGAUGAGAAGCAGCUGCAGGUGGAGGCCAUUGAUGUCCCCACUGGCAUCGCAGAGAUUGGACGCAAGCUUGUCAACAUCACCAUCAUCAAAGAACAAGCCAGCAGCCUCAUCACCUUCUUGCAGCCAGCCUAUUCCCACAGCCGCUUUGAUAAGCUGGCCAAGAUCCCUGUCCUGCGGGAGAUCAUAGACAACGGGAAAUCCCAAGUCACCUACAGGACCCGGGACCUGACCGCCAAGAACGGCAGGGACUACAUCUUCACAGAGGGUGACCUGGUCUUCCAGCCUGGGGAGACCCGGAAGGAGGUGCAGGUCCCCUUGCUGGAGCUGACUGAAAUAGAUACCCUCCUACACAACUGCCAGCUCAAGCAGUUUGCCAUCGACCUCCUGCACCCCAAGUACGGCGCCCAGAUUGGCCGGUACCCCCAGACCACGGUGACCAUUGCCGACCCAGAGGUGGUGGAUGGUGUCCCCUCGAUGACCGGCAUGAGCCAGGUCUCCCAGUCCCCCAAAGGCCGCCUGAGUGCACCACUCAAUCCCAAUGCCCGCGCUCUCAGCUCCAGAGAAAUCCACUUCAGCUGGUUUCCUCCACCUGGAAAACCUCUGGGGUACAAGGUAAAAUAUUGGAUCCAAGGGAACCCCGAGUCAGAAGCCCAUCUCAUUGAUGUCAAAACACCAUCAGCAGAGCUGAGUAACCUCUACCCCUACUGUGACUACGAGAUGCAAGUCUGUGCCUACAACACCAUGGGUGAAGGAGCGUACUCCGACAUUAUCCACUGCCGCACGCUUGAGGAUGUCCCCAGCGAGCCCGGGCGCUUGGCUUUCAACGUCGUGUCUUCCACGGUGACACAGCUGAGCUGGGCCGAGCCUGCAGAAACCAACGGGGAGAUCACAGCUUAUGAAGUCAGUUAUGGACUCGUCAACGAGGAUAACGUGCCUAUUGGCCCAAUGAAGAAGGUGCUGGUUGAAGACCCAAAGAAGCGCAUGGUGCUGAUAGAAAACCUGAGGGAAUCCCAACCCUAUCGCUACAUGGUGAAGGCCAGAAAUAGUGCUGGCUGGGGACCUGAGCGAGAAGCCACCAUCAACCUUGCUACACAACCCAAGCGCCCGAUGUCCAUCCCCAUCAUCCCUGACGUCCCCAUCAUUGAUGCAGAGGGAGGCGAGGACUACGACAGCUACCUGAUGUACAGUGCAGAUGUGCUUCGCUCUCCAGCCGGCAGCAAGCGCCCCAGUGUCUCCGAUGAUUCGGGCUCCAGGUGGAAACAUGUGCAGUUGCUGGGAGAAGACUUGGAUCUCCGCCGCAUCACCUGGAGGCUUCCACCUGAAACCAUUCCCCGCCUCUCUGGCAGCAGCCGCUUCUCCUCGGACACCGAGGGUCUCCUCCACGAGGAGGACGGCGACGUGGCUACUGGCAGCCUGAGGAGGAGCGGGACGCCCCGGCCCCAAGCAGAGCACUUGCUGAAUGGCCGGGUGGACUUUUCCUUCCCUGGCAGUGGCAGCGGCACACUGACCAGGACAACGAACACCAGCUACCACCACUUGCAGCAGGAGCACAGGGUGAUGGGGAGCUCCUCACUGACAAGAGACUACUCUACGAUGCUGAUGGGGCAUGACUCUAGGCUGCCGCUGGGUGUGCCCGACACCCCGACGCGCCUGGUGUUCUCUGCCCUGGGACCCACCUCCCUGAAGGUGAGCUGGCAGGAGCCACACUGUGAGAAGGAGGUGCAGGGCUACAGCGUGCAGUACCAGCUCCUCAAUGGAGGAGAGGUGCACCGACUCACCAUCCCCAACCCCAGCCAGAACUCGGUGGUGGUAGAGGACCUGCUGCCCAACCACUCCUACAUCUUCAAGGUGAAGGCGCAGAGUGAGGAAGGCUGGGGCCCUGAGAGGGAAGGAGUCAUCACCAUAGAGUCCCAGGUGGACCCGCAGAGCCCUCUCAGUCCUGUGCCAGGUUCACCCUUCACACUGAGCACACCCAGUGCUCCUGGACCACUGGUUUUCACUGCCCUCAGCCCUGACUCCUUGCAGCUCAGCUGGGAGAGACCCCGCAAGCCCAAUGGGUCCAUCUUGGGCUACAUGGUCACCUGUGAGAUGCUUCAUGGAGGAGGGGAGCCCAGGAAUAUCUAUGUCGAAGGAGACAAUCCAGAAACUACACUCACUGUGCCCCAACUGAGCGAGAAUGUCCCAUACAAGUUCAAAGUGCAAGCCAAGACCACGCAAGGCUUUGGGCCAGAGAGAGAAGGCAUCAUCACCAUCGAAUCUCAGGAUGGAGGCACUUUCUCCCAGUUUGGAGGACAGCAGUACAUGAGAGAGGAAGUGUACAACUUCCCCACUGAAUACACCACCAAAACCAGCAUCAGCCAUUCCUCUCUGGAUCCCCACUUCAUAGAUGGCAUGCUGAUGACAACCCAGCGAGUGGAGAGCGCCAGCAGCACCCUCACCAAACAAGUCACCAAAGAGUUUGUGAGCCGGACCGUGAUGUCCAGUGGGACUCUCACCAAACAGAUGGAGAGGCAGUUCUACGAGGCCUGA